AAUUUAAUGACGUUGUGAACACUAGACAGGACGAGCUGGGGAAAUAAGCAGCAGAGUCUCAGCGCUCCUAGUGUUGAUUUCUGAUCUCCCAAAUUUGUGCGGGUGUUGUUUCCUGAUUUCCCUUCCACGGUGUUGCUGGUGGUCUGACCUCUCACGGUACUAUCGGUGCUCUGAUCUCCCACAUUCUGGCCCAGUUACAAGCCACCCGUACCGAUAAACCACCCACCUACCUUCAUGAAUUGGGGUGUGUGGGAGACUGUCAACGCUGCUGGUCGUACGAGCCAGAAGAGGUCGUAGGAGCCAGGACAGGGCGUGCGAGCCAGGACAGGGCGUGCGAGCCAGAAGAGGUCGUACGAGCCAGAAGAGGUCGUACGAGCCAGGACAGGGCGUGCGAGCCAGAAGAGGUCGUGCGAGUCAGAAGAGGUCGUGCAUGCUGGGACAGGUCGGGCGAGGCAGGAGAGGUCGUGCAAGCCGGGGCUGGUCGUGCGAGCCAGGACAGGUCGUGCGAGGCAGGAGAGGUCGUGCAAGCCGGGGCUGGUCGUGGGUGCCAGGACAGGUCGUGCGAGGCAGGAGAGGUCGUGCAAGCUGGGGCUGGUCGUGCGAGCCAGGACAGGUCGUGCAUGCUGGGACAGGUCGUGCAAGCCAGGACAGGUCGUGCGAGCCAGGACAGAUCGUGCUAGCCAAGAGAAGCCGGAUGGAGGAGGCUGUGUCUUGUGGAUGCUGCUCGGAGGUGUACGAGAAGGGGCCCCACGAGCCUCUGGUGCUCUCCUGCGGCCACACCUUUUGUCGCACCUGCAUCACCAGCGUUAUGACGACCGGUAACUGCCUCUGCCCAACCUGCAGGAGCUCCCACAGGAACGUCGUGGUGAAUAAGCUGGCAAUCAACUACUCCCUCCUGAGUAUCUCCUUGACCUUGAAGGAGUUUCUGUGUGAUGAUACGUGCAGUAAGCACGGGGAUGAGCUGAAGUAUUGGUGUCGGGAGUGUAAGGUGGCCCUGUGUAGCCUAUGUCUCUACUCCGAGCACCAGAACGGCCACCACGUCCACCUGGCCAAGGCCUACAUUCAGGAGAGGAAGUCUGAACUCAAGGACGACAUCAAACUUAUAAUAGACAAGAAUGUUGCCGAAAAGAAAAAGAAAAUCUUAAGUAAUUUUUACAACAGCAUUCAGGAGUUGAGGCAGCAUUGCCAAACAAGUACUUUUCUUCAUGAUUUUGAGACUGACAUGAACCUUCUUUCAACAGAAGUUGAGAAGGUUUGCAGUAUCGAGUCGUUGUUUCUGUCUGAGGAAAAAGUAAAAAAUAUUGAGCUACAAAAAUUAAACUCUAUGUUAUCUGAAUCAUCCGAAGCCGAAGUCGCCGGAGAACCUGCAGCGUCAGAGUUAGCUGAAGCAGGAGCAACAGCUUCAGCGGCAGAAGAGAGCAAGACUGCCGCGGUGGUCACCACGCAACAGAUGUCGCCUGCCACUAAUCAAACAGUAGAGAGUCACUAUGCCAGGCUGGACUUCAGGGACGGUAAACUCUUGCUGCACCCGUUCACACGAAAUGUUGACAGUCACCUUUAUUUUAAGAUGCCAUCUGAGGUCUUCCUGGAAUUGAGUGCCGGUGGCCGGUGUCUGGGCCGUGUCUAUAUCCAGCUGAAGAGCCAUCUUCGACGGGCACAGCAGUUCCUGGCUCUCUGUCUCGGCACUCUGGGGCCUUCCUUUGUCGGGUCCUCCAUAGGAAGCGCUGGAAAUAUGGACCAAGUCAAUGAAUACAUCGCUGUUGAUUACUACAUUGAUCAAAACGGGGAGAGGAGACAACACAAUUUACUGACUGAUGUGAAUACAGACGACCAGCACCAAGGUCCGGCGACAGAAGGCACUCUGGCAGCACUGAAUGUGAGAUCUAAUUUAUUUGGCUUCGUUAUAUACACCAGAGGUCAGCCUGGAGGGUAUCCCCAGUGUCCCUACGGCCAGGUGUCGUCAGGGCUGGAGGUGGUCCAGACUGCAAUCCGUCAUGACCCCGUCACUGAGGUCACUAUCACUGAUUGUGGCCUGGUGAUCCCUGACCACGCACCAUGAAAAUCCACCAGGUCAUUGAUGGUUUCAAGCGAAGAUUAGACAUAUAAAUAAGUUUUUUGUGGGUUUACAUAACAGCUGGUUAGCAUGGGCUCAUAAGACUGCAGCAGUUCCCUAGAUCAUCACUAUGUAAUAGAAUGUAAAUUGAAACAUCUAUAUUAGAAUUUUUUUUAAUGUGCCACAAAAUAAAUUCCAUAGAUGGUUGAAAUGGUUAAAAAAAUCUUUGCUCCUAGGAUUUAGUGAUAAACUUAAUUUUAGUGUAAUAUAUAUAAUGGAUUUAUGGUAGUGUGAUAUGUAAUGGGAUUAUGGUAAUGUAAUUGCAAUAUUCGGUAUAGUUAUGAUAAUUAUGAUAUGUGAUUGGCUCAUUAUAACAUAAUAAUUUCGAUAAGUAGGAUGUAUGGACAUUGUAGGACUGUUUGUGACCGCCUUAAGGGACUUGUAAUAGACCAAGGUAACCUAAGCUACUUUAUCCUUUUGAGAGUUACUUUAUUGUCCACAAUAAACUUACUUGAAUGGC